UUUUAUCAGACUUGCAGAUAAAGUGCCCAUUCUCCCACAUGCUUUUCAUCAGGGAAGAGGGAGAGAAGAGGAAGGGGUAUACCAUGAAUUAAAAUGAAGGAGAUGGAUAACAAUGCCCUGCGGGAUAAAUAUCUUAGGGUAAAUUCAUAACAGAAACAAAAGUAUAGACGCUGUAUUAACGUUUUAAUAUUAAAACACAAAGGUCUAUAGAUCACUUGGACAGCCCUAGGUUAGUCAUUUUACAGACUCUGUCCCCCAAACUAGAAGAUAUUUUUUUCAGGGGUCAUUGACCCACACAAGAAGUUAAUAAAGGGUCACAGAAGAGAUUAAAUGUAACUUAGUUCUUGCUGGAUUACUUUUAAAGGUCACAGUGAAAAGUGAAACUACUGAUUUAAAAUUUAGAACACGAUAAUGAAAACAUUUAAGAACAGGAUAAAACAAAACUUUAUUCAAUAUAUCCAAUGAUGGGAAUAUUUUAAAUUCUAUUGUACUUCAGUCACUGUGGGCAAUAAUGUGGUGAGAGAAAGAAGUGGAAAGAGAAAAAGUUUAGGGAAAGAAACCUUGACAGACAGAGGGAGAAACCGACACAAACUGGGAGCCAAGAAAAACACAUCAACACUGGGGAGAAGCUUAUUGGAUUACUUUUUUAAUAAACCUAUUUUGUAACACUCUGUCACAAUCUUCAUCUGUGUUGUUGAUCUUCUAACUACCAUUCUUCACCAAAGGCUAUUCUUCACAAUUUAUCAACUUUAUCCUUGAAGUUCUUAUAGUGCUUACAACUGUUCAACAGAACUUUCUUUGAUGAUAAAAAAAUCCUUACAUAUAUGUGCUGUCUUGCACAGUAGCAACUUAUAAUUACUGAAGAUUGACAUAUGGCUACUGCAAAAAGGAAUUAGUGACAAGCUUCUCUCCCUGUUAGCAAGUAGUGGAUAUUUUGUUUUUUGGAAGAGCUGCAUGUUGGGCCUCAUAUAACCUUCAAAAUGAAAAGAUCUGGAUAUGAAUGAGUCACCUGCAAAUCAUACCAAUGUCUGCCUGUCUGGGUUAGUCAGUCCCUGAGCUUCACCCCAUCCUGGUUAUUUUACUUCAGAGCUCCUUCAGUGUAUUUUGGGAAAUUAUGGAUCGUCAUGUUCCCAUGCACGCAUUACCUGAAGAAAUCCAAAAGAUGCCCCCUGAAGAAAAGGUUUGUAAAUACUGUGGAGUCAGCUAUCUAAUUCUUCAUGAAUUUAAAGCUAUGGAAGAAAAAGUGAAAGCAAUGGAAAAAGAGAUGAAAUUUUAUCAAGGAAGUGUAGAACGUGAAAAGAAACUUCAAGAAAAGCUACAUUCUCUUAGCCAAGAUUUUGAACAAUACAAAAUUGACAAUGACUCCAAAACAGAAAGAAUCCAAGCUGGAAGCAUACAGUUAAAAAAUCAGCAAAAUGAAAUUCAGAGGUUACAGAAAGAAUUGAAUCAUUUACAAUGUGAGUUAGAAAUUAAACAAAGACAAUCACAGGUCCUCAGUCAAAGAUUGUCGGAAUACAAAUAUUUUUGGAAUAAGACUCUUUCAUUACUUACUUUUACUAAAAGGGAAAUAACCAGCAUUAAAAAUGAAGUAUAUGACCAUUUUCAAAACUGGACUUCACUGAAAGGAGAAGUUUUUCUUCAAAUUAAAUACAUAAGUGAAACAGCCUUGACAGAAAUAGAGAUACUGAAUAAAAGUCUGGCAGUGGCCCACAGAAAUAAGGUAUGCCUAGAAGAGGAAAUGAAAAGCCUCAAGUUGCUGUCAGAUGCAGCCAUUCUGAGGUCUCAGCAGAUUGAGACCGCUAAACAACAGGAAGUGAACCUGCAAACCAGAUGCCAUGACUUACAAAAAGAUAUCCUAGAUUUGCAAGGUCAAGUAGAGGGACUCGGACUAAAACUUCAGAAGGCAGUGACCGAGCUGGACGGCUAUAAAGAAAAGUUCAUGAAAAAGUCUAAUGAAGCUGAUGAAUGUCAAAGAGAACUUAGAAAACUGAAGUUUGAAUCCAUUAUUUCUGAAUCAAGGCAUACUAGAUUGCUUAAAGAGAAAGAAGACUCUUUAAUAGCUUGUCAACAACUACAUAAAACUUUACAGGAAGAACUGACUGCAAAAGGAAGGCAAGAAGAAGAUAUAAAAAGGAGUAUUGACCUUGCAGAAAAUGAACUGGAGACAACAAAAACUCUUCUGAAUCAGACAAAGGAAGAGGUUAUAACACUGAAAAAUGAAAGGGAACUGAUGCUGAUUUCACAUCAGAAGAGCAUCGAGCAGCUGCAGGAGGCCCUUCGACAGAAGCGGCUGGAUGAUGCUAACUGGAGGGAAAAGAUUGAAGCUGAACUCGCCAAGGAAAGAGCUCAACAUUUAGUUGAAUUUGAAGAGCAAGCUCUUCUCUUUAAGGAAGAAGCUAAACUGGAACUUGAUAUUGAAAGAGAAAAACACCAAGAAAUAAUCCAAAAGUAUAAGAAAGAACAAGAGGAGCUACAAAUGAAGAUAUCAGACCUAAUCUCAGACGCUACUAGAGAUCUAAGGCUGGAAGUGGCCACUCUCGAAAAAAAACUCCAUGAAUCUUGUAUCCAAUAUACUGAAGAAUCUGAGUCGAAGGAGAAGGAAAUUGAAAACCUUAAAAAUCUGGUUGCAGAUUUUGAGUCUCGCUUGAAGAAGGAAAUUGACCAGAGUGACUUGGCUUCAGAGGACUUGAGGAAGGAAAUGAAACAGAAGUCCGAUGAACUGGAGAGAGUGUUGCUGGAACAGAUGCAGCUGACACAGCAAAUUCAGCAGUCCCAGCAAGAGAACACUAUUCUUCAGGAAACCGUGCGGAGAGAGUGUGAAGAACGCUUUGAACUGACGGAGGCGUUGAGUCAGGCCCGAGAACAGCUCCUGGAGCUCAGGAGGCUCAGUGGGAGUUUACCGGUGACCCCGCGGUUCCUGAGCCCCGGCAGCCUCGCCGCCUCCGCCGCCGGUCAUCAGGGAGAGAGAAGCCUUGCAAAACCCAACUCUGAAAGGGGCACCAAAAUCCCAGGCCUGCACAUGGUGCCCAAACCCACCCCUUCUCCAACCUCAGCCCAGGCCAAGAGAGCAAAUGGCUCAGGUCUGCCCAGUCUCCUCCAGCCGCAUCCUCCCCGGGGCCAGGUAUCUUCAGUGAAUGACACCAGACGGAGACUGGCCGCCCUGCUGCGGAGGAGACUGAACCAGCGGUGACCUACCUGGAGUCAGGAGCAGACAGAUCCACACAGCGUGCAUGUAGCUGAGGAUGACAAAGAGCACGUGGCUACCCCAGAUCAAGAAUGCGUGUCUAUAGACAUUCUUAGCAAGAGAAUUGAAACAAACAAACAAACAAACAAACAAACAAAAAAAACCCCUAAGGAGCUGGGAAGCCACAUUUUCCAAGAGGCCUUUGAAAUUGCAGCAAAUAAUGAAAUUGUUGUGAUUCCAGAGGCCAGUUUCUAUAUUUAUAGAAAGUAUGUUCAGAUGUGCUCUCCAAUUUCGCCCUCUCAGACAUCAUUGGUGAAAUUUUCACCCAGAACAUUUUUUCUUGUUUUACACCACUACAAGGCAGAGAUAUCUCCACACACACAAAAAAUAGGUUUUAGUAGUUUCUUGCUGUUCUUUCACUUGUUUGCUAAGUUGAAUAGGUUAAAUAGAUGUAAUUAGUAUUCCAAAUAGAAAAUAAAAGUUCGUUAGUCCUUGAUUGGAUAAAUUCCAAAAUGCUUAGUUUAAAUAUUCACAGAGUUCUUCAUCCUCACCAUUAUCAUCAUCAUCUUUCCAGCCUAAUUGUAACCUAAUUUCUUUUAAGAAAUGACAGGUAACCUUUAAGAAGACAUUCUUCUCUGGGAGUCUGGGGAUCUUAAAAAAGGGGGGGGGGGCAAGCAAUUCCAAUUCAAGGAAAAACUAGUUUACUUUUCAAGCUAUAGAGAUUAGUAUAGAAUAUAGAAAUCCUGGUAAUGAAACAAUUGCUCCAUAGAGAUUUUCUACAUUGAAUGCUUUUUGGCAUCAGAAUUAGGCUUUGAUUUGAACUUGUAUUCUCAAGCCAUUGAGAAGAGAACUAAUUCAAGAGAGUUUAAUAAAGGUUCCAAUUUUAUUACCCCUGAAAAUGGGUAAUUGGUUAAUAUGUUUUCUAUUUCCAGAGUGAAAAUUUAAACCAGAAACAAGACAAGCUAUUUUAAGUUAUCCUAAACCUCCAGGGUCUACCUAUUUCUAAAAACACAACUCUUUAUUUUAAGUAGUGUUCAUCUAUCUUUUUCUCCAUUUAAUACAAGUUAGAUGGAGACUUGUUUUACUUAAAUCCUCAAUCAGACUGCAUUAUGGAUAUUCAGGCUUCUUACUCCCAGGUUAGAAUGGUAUAUGAUGUGUGAAUAUGGCAGGCAAAACUCUCUGGUAUUUGGCUAUCAUGUUGAUAGGAUUUCAUGUUGAUAGGGGCACUUGAAAUCCCUUCCCUGAGC